AUGGCAAACUCAUUUCCGCCAUCUCAGACACCCUUAAACAGCUUUCUCUUGCAUCCGUCACAGCACCUGAACGAGCCGUCGGCACUCUCCGCCUACUCCAUCCUGGGUCCCGGGCAAUAUCCGGAGAGUGUCGCCCUGUGGCAUAACCCUCCUAACCAACCCCCCUCGCAGUCGGGCUUGUCAGUAACGGCCCCGCCUGCUUCAUUUGCGCCUGUUCCGAAGUCACAGUCGCUGCUGCAGCCCAUCCCAGACCAGAAAAAGCACAAGCGCACCAGAAGUGGCUGUUUCACAUGCCGAGCCCGUCGGAUCAAAUGUGAUGAGACCCGUCCCGUCUGCGAUAGAUGUCGGAAGGGAAACCGCGACUGUGUCUAUCCCACUCCGGGCACGAGCGGCUCUAUGGCCUCGGCUGGAUCCCGUUCCGGAGCUAAGUCCAAGGCACCUCGGCCCCAAUCGCGCGGGAGUGAUUCAUCUAGCCAUGUGGAAGCAGACGACAUACACAUCUUGGAACCCAUCGCCGAUGAGGACGAGGAAGAAGAAGGCAGCGUGGGAUCUAGUUCACGUUUAUCGCCCUCCACGGGUCCGAAUGGGACAAGAACCAAGCUCGACCUUCGCAACAAACGCAGCGCACAAUCUUUAGCCAGACGCAAAGCGAAGCAACAGUCACUCACAAUUCAAGCUGCCUCUGAAACUCCGGGAUCUUAUAGGGAGCCUAGCAGUUCGCCAUCGACUGAGGCGUCGUUGAGGCUCGAUUCCGCAAGUGUGCGGUCGGUCAGCGUCGGCCUGAACCCUUAUGAAUCCUUCGCAGUUCCCAACGCCGCUCAUCUACCGGAAGAUGUGCGCUUCUAUCUCGCCUUCCAUCAGGGGUAUAUGACCCCACGGCAUUAUUUCAUGAGGAGUGACAGCCACCGAUUCGUCCAUCAGAGUCUCAUCGAAUUGGCUCUGCAAUAUGACCCCCUUCUCUAUGCCGUCGUCGGCUUCGCUGCGUACCAUCAUUGCGUUCAAACUGGAAACGGGAAGCUGUAUACGUUUCUCAAAUAUUACAACAUGGCUUUGAAGAUGUUACGGAAAUCAUUGGCGUCAAGUGAAGACCAUUCGGAGGCGACACUGAUCACCGUUUUGGUUCUCACAACUUUUGAAGAAUUCAUCGGUGACUGGGUAAACCUGAUCGACCACCAUCAAGCUGCUCAUGCACUGAUGCGUGAGCUCUUAAGCCCCGAAUCCAUAAUCACAAACGAGCUCCAUGGUCAAAUAUUUCCUUGGUACGCUCGAUUUGACGUGGUAGCGGGAAUAUUAGCCGGAAAUGAAAUGGUCCUGGGCCGGGAAUGGUACAUCGCGAAAGAAGACUACGAUGCUCAACAGGCCGCCAUAUAUCCAGAGGACGCAGACAAGCAGCUCAACUUGGCUGCGUCGAUCAAUCGUCGAUUCGGGCUGGAGAUGGCGUCGUUGUAUGCCAAACUGUCGCGCGGGAUGAUUCCAAUUGACGAGUUUAUCUUGCAAAAUGACCAGCUCGGCCAGCUCAUCGAAAAAGUACGGGAAAUCCUGGAGAAAUUCCACAAUUCGGAGUACACUGUCUGGCAGUAUCCAGACAGACAACCUUUGACAGAAGAUGACAUUGUUGACCCGUAUAUCCCUGGCGGCAUGUAUCGGGGCCCGCUGUGGGAUGUGAAUGUGGCAUGGAUUGAUUACUAUUCCACCAAAGCGAUGUAUAAGUACCAAUCGCUGCUCUCUGUGAGACAAUCGUCACCAUCCGAGUUGCAACAUUUGGCUCUAGAGCAAUGUCGACUGAUCGAGGCCAUUGAGAGGUGGCCGGAGAAGGAAAAUGGAUAUAUGUUUACAUAUAAGAACAGUAUUGGAAUGGCGUGCUUGUUUGCCCCUAAGGACAGUAAACAUGCCAUGUGGGGCCGAAAAAGGUUGGCGCUGUUGGAGCGUAACGGGUAUGUAAUGGCCCCGAAGUUCCGGCAGCUAUUGGCCACUGUAUGGCAGUCGCCAGAGGUCAACCACUGGUGGCUCUCUAACGAUGAAGGGUAUCCGGAUAUCAUCCGAGAGGUGCGGUCUAUGACGGAGGAACGUUCUAAUACUCCGCGUGAUAAUUUCCGCGAGAGUGUUCGCAACAUGAGGUCAUUGUUCUGGAAUAUCAGCUUGGAUGACUCCUCGAGCUCGAAUAAUUCGUCCCCAUUGGGACAAGAAGACCGAUGA